CUGCAGGCACGGAACCGCUGAGCUGAGCCUGCUCGUAUCCGGAACCGACUGACAACGAUGCUACAUGGAGGUUCAACUGACCCACUCAGAGUGCCACAACACGCCGCAGCUGUCACGGCUGACUGGAUGUGACUGCAGAUGACAGGAAGCAGAAAUGCAUCUUUAUGGUCUGAUUGGGUCCGAGCCCUUUGGCUGUUUUAUUUCCUCGCUACAAGCUGGAGACGGUGGGUGGCCGGGCUGUUUCAGACAGGAAGAGGAGAGGGACCAGGCUGUGACAGAUGUGAGAGGGCUCUCCUUGUGCUCCACCACGCAGAACACCGGCAACAGACUCCCUGAGAAUCCCCCAUGCAGCCCGCUGCAGACGAGAUGCUCUCCACCUCUGGAGCCGCGAUCCUGAGAGCUGAAUGCUGCCGGAAGUCCCUGUGAAGACAGCAACUUCAUCCUGGCCAACGCACAGGUGUCGAAGGGCUUUCCCAUCGUUUACUGCUCUGAUGGCUUCUGCGAGCUCACAGGCUUCUCCCGGGCCGAGGUCAUGCAGAAGAGCUGUGCCUGUAAGUUCCUGUACGGGCCGGAGACCAGCGAAAGCAUCAUCCUCAGCAUUGAUGAAGCCCUGGAGGAGCGCAAGGAGUUUAAGGACGAGAUCAUGUUCUACAACAAGACGGCGGUGCUGUUCUGGUGUCUGCUGGACAUUGUGCCAAUUAAGAAUGAGAAAGGAGACGUGGUGCUCUUUCUGGCCUCGUUUAAAGACAUCACCGACACUAAAGCCAAAACCAUCCAGGAGGACAAGAAGGAAGAGCGGCGGCGCAGCAGGGUGAAAACAGGCUCUUCGUUCAGCUCGGCUCGGAUGCGGAGCAGCACGGUGCUCUACCACAUCUCUGGUCACCUCCACAGCAGAGAGAAGAGCAAGAUUAAACUCAACAAGAAUGUGUUUGGGGAUCUGCCCGCUUUGCCGGAGUACAAGGUAGCCGAGGCCAAAAAGUCCAAAUUCAUCUUACUUCACUACAGCACGUUCAAAGCCGGAUGGGAUUGGCUGAUACUACUCGCCACGUUCUACGUUGCUGUGACGGUGCCGUACAAUGUGUGCUUCAUCGGCGAUGAUGACGACCUGACCCGCAGCACGACCGUCAGUGACAUCGCAGUGGAGAUUCUGUUCAUUAUAGACAUCGUCUUCAAUUUUCGCACAAGUUAUGUCAGCAAGUCAGGCCAAGUGAUCUUCGACGCUCGUCAGAUCUGCAUCCAUUACCUGACCACAUGGUUCAUCAUCGACCUGGUGGCUGCGCUGCCCUUUGACCUGCUCUACGCCUUCAAAGUCAGCGUGGUGUCCGUGGUCCACCUGUUGAAAACAGUGCGUCUGCUGCGUUUGCUGCGGCUGCUCCAGAAGAUGGACCGCUACUCGCAGCACAGCACCGUGGUCCUAACGCUGCUGAUGUCCAUGUUCGCCCUGCUGGCCCACUGGAUGGCCUGCAUCUGGUACAUCAUCGGCAAGAUGGAGAUGGAGGCCAACGCUUACAACUGGGACAUCGGAUGGCUCCACGAGCUGGGGAAGCGCCUGGAAUCACCGUACUACGCCAUCGGGGGUGUGAACGGGACCAGCAGCGGCCCGUCCAUCCGCAGCGUCUACGUGGCCUCGCUGUACUUCACCCUCAGCAGCCUGACCAGCGUGGGCUUCGGCAACGUGUCGGCCAACACAGACACCGAGAAGAUCUUCUCUAUCUGCGUCAUGCUCAUCGGAGCACUGAUGCAUGCCUUGGUCUUUGGUAACGUGACAGCCAUUAUCCAGAGGAUGUAUUCACGCUGGUCCCAGUAUCACACCAGAACCAAAGACCUCAAGGACUUCAUACGUGUCCAUCAUCUGCCACAGAGCCUCAAGCAGCGAAUGUUGGAAUAUUUUCAGACAACCUGGUCGGUCAACAACGGCAUCGACUGUAACGAGCUGCUGAAGGACUUCCCGGACGAGCUGCGAUCUGACAUCACCAUGCACCUUAACAAGGAGAUCCUGGAGCUGUCGCUGUUUGCCUCGGCCAGCCGUGGCUGCCUGCGUUCCCUGUCGCUGCACAUCAAGACGUCUUUCUGUGCUCCCGGAGAGUACCUCCUCCGACAGGGCGACGCGCUCCAGGCCAUCUUCUUCGUCUGCUCAGGCUCCAUGGAAGUGCUGAAGGAUGGCAUGGUGCUCGCCAUCCUGGGUAAAGGCGACCUCAUCGGGGCAAACCUGUCCUUAGAUGACCGAGUGAUAAAAACCAAUGCGGACGUGAAAGCUCUGACCUACUGCGACCUGCAGUGCAUCAACCUGAGGGGGCUGUACGAGGUGCUGGACCUCUACCCCGAGUACUCGCACCACUUCGUCCAGGACAUCCAGCAGGACCUCACUUACAACUUGAGGGAGGGACAAGAGACGCACGUGAAGGCCAGACUGUCUACAACAGCUUUAGAUACUCAGUCUGGGGUGGGAAGGAACGGAAGAGUGGUCCAGGGCUACCCGCCCAUCAUCGAGGCACAGGAGGAACAUGAGGAAGACGAGGGGGAGGAGGAGGAGGAAGACGAGGCCAUGUCUGUAUCUGUGUCAGCAGAGCGGAAACCGGCGGUGGACCUCAGGGACACAGGUGGGAAAUCUCCACUGAGCCGCCGCAGCCAGAAGACCACGGGACAGAGCUCCAGGAGGUCUCGGAGGAAGAUCCAGGAAAUUACUCUCACCACUUUAGACCCGUCCAACCUCAGCCCCAGGAUAGUGGACGGUACUGAGGACAGCGAGGGGACGGAGAGUUCCCCGGCCUUCUCCUACUCUACCAGCCAAGGUUGUCCUGUCAACGAACCAAUCAGUGCCUCAGCGUCUGCCACAGAUAUGCUGCAGAUCAGCACAGCAGAGCUAGCGGCUAAAGCAGAGGAGACCAGAGGACAACUGAGACACCUCGACCAGCAGGUGAGCACGCUUGGGAGGGAAGUGGCCGACCUUGGACGAGUCAUGAAGAGAAUGGCCCAGCUCAUGGAGGCCCUCAUGCCAUCAGUGCCACACCCGACAGUAGUCUGUCCCACACACUACUCCCCAGCACACCACACAUACCUGCCCCACCCCAACCCUCCUCAGUCUUACCCGUCACCAUCCUCUUCUCAGACUGCCUCCAUCUGGAUGGACACAGCAAUGUCAUUGCCCUCUUCUCCCGCCAUUAUCCCUCAGCAACAUGGUGCGAUGUGCCACAAGGACUCCCUCACACAUAGACCCCAGGACCUCCAGCUGGGGUUCCCCACUGUACCCAGCCCAACUUUACCUCCAACCCCCAACUCAUCUGACCUCCAACUCCAGCCCAUCAUCGCAGAGCCUCACCUGCCCUCCUCCACCCUGAGCUCACCAGAGAUUUCCCACUACAGAGACGGGGUUUCUGGCUCCAUCAGGUCAAGGGGACACAGUCCUCCCCUGCAAGACAGGGGAGAUGAGGACCCUCAUCAGAGCUCUGGGUGUUCUCCAAAAACUGGACUUGGAGGGACCUACCACAACCCGACCAAGGGUUUGUAGCAGCCCUCCAUCUGAACUUCCCUGGACUUUUUCCAGGAUAUUUUUUGAGCUAUGAUCCUGAACUUAAGAUCAAACUGAUCAGCUGCGGUCCACCAUGUCACUGGAGGACGUUUGCAGGGAUGCAACUCAGAUCCUUUUUGUUUUAAAGGCACGCAUUUAAAAAUCAUGUUGCAUGAAAACAAGUACAGAAGGUUUAGGUGUGUUAGCUUUACCUUGUAGAAACAUAGUGUUGUUAGACAGAAUGCAGAGGUUGGGUCGGCUGUGGAGCUGUAUGAUGGCAGCUCUUAGGCACAGCUCACCCCCAGCCUGCUUCCCUCCCCACCCCGAGGCAGGAUUGUGCGAUAAUGGAGGACAAGCGGAAUACAAAGGAGGAGAGAGUCCUUUCUGUCCUCUCUUUUGCUCUUAGCUAGUUUCAGGUCGGCUGGGCUGGUUUGAGUAGUGGAGGUGGGCUUUGGAGACAAGGAGCUGAGGGGUGGGGGUCGUUAAUGUGCUUCCUCCAGCCCCCUAUCUCUGUAAUUUCCUUUCCUUUUAACCCUUCUUUCCUUGCUCACUCAACCCAUGCCUGAUGCUCUGGCUUGCGUGGACCAGUGCACGGCUGGUUUGGGCUGGUCGGACUGGGAGAACAGAGGUGGUGUGAGGAGAGAUGGGACUUGUCGUGCUCUUUACUGCUGGCCCUCAGGGGAGGGGAGGUGGAGGAAGUGGAGGUGGUGGUGGGGGUAUGUUACGCCU